GACGGCGACGGUAGCUGGGGCUAUGUACUUACGUCUUCGAGCUGCGCGUGGACCAUCUUGGAUCAAAAAUGCCGUGACUCGGAGAGUCCUAUCUUGAACCGCCCCAUCUUGAUGGCAUACCAUCAUGCCCGAGAUGUUUCGCUUUUGCCAGGUUCCGAUACCUACGCAUGUAUCAUAAGUGCGCGCGAGACGCUUUCGCGGACCCACACUAGAUGCACUCCUGCAUGCGCUGAGAGACACCUACGACGUUCAUGACACAUGCAAUCGUGGUCGCGGCGACGAGAUUGAGCGAGGCAGUCCUUGCGCAACGCGCAGAAGUCACGUCGGUGAGAGUCAUGCUAUGCCAUAUGCUGCCCGGCGUAGCACAACGAAGCUGUCAGUCGGCACCUCGCUGGCAGUCACUAUCAUCAUGCAUCGUGUCCGAUGUAUCUACUCGGAUUCUUUGUCAAGUGUACCGCGCUCAACGCUGCAUCACGAUGUUCCGACUUCAGUGCCGUACGGUUCCUUUGCCAUGGACAUGAUGGGCAGGUUUUUUGCGCCGCGGCGCUUCGAUGUUUCUGCAAUUUGCAUUGCGCCAUUGUACAUAAUACGGCAGCGAUGUGAUAUGCCGACUUCACUAGGGGAGGCGCACAGCAGUGUUGACAUCAAUGAGGGCGUUGCCAGUUUUGACGAUGACAGUCGGGAAGCAUGACGCAGUGGUGGCACGCAGAAUCGCGC